AACUCGACAAAUGUAAUGGGAACCAACAUACUUGCAGCCCCACAUGUAUUUUUUCUUACUCUUUCGGUGUGGUUGCAUUGUGUGGCUCUGGAUCAAAGUGUGCUCUUUCCGGAGCAACCGGUGGAACGAUGUGUCGGUCAUCUAAUGCUGGUCACCGCUGACCCAAUCAGAGGUGCAGCAUAUCCCGAGAGAGAAGAACUGACUCGAAUAAUCGGCUUGCCGCAUGGAAGUGACUCGUGCCGUAUGGCUUGUUUGUUGCACAGGGGCUGUUGGGCAGCGCGUUUUCAAACAGACCAUGUCGGUCUGGAGACCUGUAUACUCUAUCCGAAGAUGGCUGUUCAUGUCUGGUGGAAACCGAAACCACAGAGGUAUCUGGAAGAUGACGAGGCAAUUCGACCGAUUCUGCUGACCAUACCGACAGAAUGGAUGAAUAGAACCAUGCCGAAACAAUUUCAUUGGACUUGCUGUCGUGGUUGGUGGGAAUUAUUGGAUUUACGCGCACAGGAGAAAACGGCCAAACAGAUCGCGUGUGCUUUGCGCGAGUCAACAGAUCCGACAGACAGUUUAUCGUGCACGCCCGGAGAGCCAAUAUCUCUAGCCGGGUACAUUCGUCACUGUCCGUCGCGCGGUUACUGGUCCGCAUAUAGUCACACGUACGGAGUUGCGAUUGAAUGUCAAACAAUAGAGGAAUUUGUUUCACUCAUCAACAACACACUGGCCAGUGAAAGAGUACAAUUGUUCGGAUCGAGUGCAACAGAAGUGCUUAUUGUCAGUCGGUUCUAUACUCAAAAUCCACUGGACUGCGUCACCGAAUGCUACAAACACCCAUGUUGCGUCGGUCCACUAUAUCAGCUCAAACGAUGGUGGUGCAUUUUGCUUGGGCCGAUCAAAGGUCCGUCAGUUUGCACGACACAAAUAUCCACUUCAUUCGAAUGGGGCAUACCGCACAAGCUAUCCACGCUAAGAGUUCUUCUCAAUCCGUUCAUUCUCUGGCGCUAUGAAUGCUGUUCCCUACCCGAUUGGUUUUCCGGUCGUUUUGCUCAAACGAACGAUGCAUUCGUUCGGAUUACUGAAGAUCGACCGUUUCAUCCAGAUCAGCUGGGCUACUGCCUGUGUGAAGCCCCACAAGUGGAUCGAAUAUAUUUAGUCAAUCAGUCGGAUUUACUCUGCACAGAGGAGAAGCCGUGCGAGUUGGAAUACCGUCAAAAAUAUGCCAUAGCACCGUCCGCAUUGCUCGUAGACCGUCACAGACCAAUAGCAGUGCACGAGAAUGGGGUGACUCGGUGGUAUGGGAUGAAACAUCAAGAAUGGAACAAACGGUAA